AUGACGUUAAGAACAUCUCCUUCGCAGCCAAAGGAAAGGACUUGCUGUCAGGUAUUCUGGGCUAUCUUUCCCCAUGCUUGCUUCAUUUGUUCAUUGGUGGUCUAUGGUCUUCUGGGAGCUCUCAUGUUUUCUCACGUGGAAGGCUGCAGAGAGAGCCAUGAAGGUGAAGCAUACAGGAGCUUUAUGCUGAAACUUUGGAAUCUUUCAAAAGAUUUGUCAGAUAAUGAGACCAACAAUGAGAUAUUUACAAACAGGACACGUGAUCUGAUCAACGAAAUUGACUUUUCAUGGUUUACUGAUCCCUCACAGAACUGGUCCUUUCUUGGCUCUCUCUUUUUCUGCUGCACUGUCUUCACCACAGUAGGUUAUGGUCAUAUUUAUCCUGUGACGAGACUUGGGAAAUACCUGUGCAUGGUGUAUGCAUUGUUUGGUAUCCCUCUCAUGUUCCUGGUCCUCACCGACAUGGGUGACAUCCUAGCAACUAUAUUAUCCACCUCUUACAAUCGAGCUCGGAAACUACAAUCAGAAGUAUUAGCCAGGCUUUCUUUUAGAUCUUGCUGUAAAAAAAGGACUGAUUCAAAGGGAGGCUCGGCUUCGCUUGGACCAGCCAAAAUCGUCCUUCUUGAGCCUUUAAAUAUUAAGGAUGCUUUGAAAAAUAAUUCUUCCUUUAAAAAAAAGCCUGGGCAAAAUCAAAAUGUUGAAAUUUUUGAAAGGCUUAUCAUCAGAGAAAAUGCUCUUCUUGCACCUCCAAAACUGACCAGAUUUGAACGAUGGAAUUCAUGUCCUGAAUUGGACAAAGGGGCAAUGGUGAAUCACGUGAUCAGCAACAUUAAUAAUAUAGGGAAAGAAGUAGAAAAGCUGAAUGUACCCUUUUCACUGAUGACUUUUAUUGUUUUUGCAUACAUCUCCUGUGCUGCCGCUGUUCUUCCACACUGGGAAAGAGCUUUAAAUUUUGAGGAAGCUUUCUAUUUUUGCUUUAUCACCUUAACAACCAUUGGCUUUGGUGAUAUCAAACUGCAACAUCCCAACUUUUUCUUAUUUCUCUCAGUUUAUAUUAUAGUCGGCAUGGAAAUUGUCAUAAUUGCUUUCAAGCUGGGACAAGACAGGAUCCUUGGUCUGUACAAGAAGCUGCUUUUCUGCAUUGGUCAAAAAAAUGUCUCAGACAAAACAACAUGAAGAACAUCCA